CUGGCACAUUUGACAUUUCGCUGAAUGUUUUCGUUUUUAUUUUAAUACGUGGUUAUUUUCGUUUUCAUUUUAAUUAAUUAUUUGUUUAUGUUUUUUUCGUUAACUGUGUAAAACUCUAAAUGAGCCAACGUGCAGUGUUAGAUAAUGACUUCAAAACAAUUUUGUUUAAAAUGGAACAAUUUUCAGAAUAACAUACUAAACGCGUUUGAAAGUUUGCAAAACACUGAAGACCUCACAGAUGUCACGUUAACAUGCGAAGGCAUCAACCUGAAAGCACACAAAUUCAUUUUGUCUGCUUGCAGUCCGUAUUUUCGGACGGUUUUUAAGGAAAAUCCGUGUUCCCACCCCAUUAUCAUCCUAAAAGACGUUCUGUACACGGAUCUGAUUGCCAUAAUUAACUUUAUGUAUCAUGGGGAAGUUUUGGUGUCCGAGGAACAAUUAGCGUCGUUUUUGCAAACUGCCAAACUGUUACAAGUGUCUGGGUUAAAUACUACGAAUGAAACGUAUUCGAAAAAGUCCCCAAAGAAGACCAAGCCACAAAAGAGCGACUCCGUAGAACAGCCAUUGAAGAAAAUCAAAGUUUUGAACAAACCAAAAUCGAAAGUGAUAAAUAGUGAUAAUGCGCUGCCAAACUCUCCAAGAGAAAUUUGUGCGACAAAAGAGUCAAGUUCAGUGCCUGAAACUGACAAAAUCAAAGCAAAUGUAAAUGACAGUGAAGAGGAAUUUUGUGCUGAUGUAAAUGAGAAUGUUGACGUUGUGGUGAGUGAAAAGGGGGACUCACAGGGCUCCAUUUUAGAGGCGGCUCUUGAAAAGCCCGAGAGUAUCUUGGAGAGGUCGCUGAUGUCACAACCUGUGGCAGGUAAAUCCCCUUCAUCUGUUCCUUUCAACCAAGACCAACUCUGCCUCCUGCAAAGCUUGCCUGACGCUUCCAAAUCAGUCUUCAUUCCUCGCAAGCCGCCAGAAGAUUUCGAAAAACGCAUCAAGUCAACAUCAUCCAAUUCAUCAAGUCCUUCAACAUUCGACCGUCCGUCAGAAUUUCUCCAACAAACCAUCAAAAUAGAAGAAGACUCCUAUGAUAGCUUUGAUGCACUACCAGACGAUAUUAUACAAAGGGAAGGAAAUAUCCAAAUUUCGCGAGCGCCGGACGUUCAACCACAUCAUAGCUCACAGUGUGGCAAUUGUCCGCAUUGUGGCAAAGUCUACUCGAAUCAAUCCGCUUUAAAAUACCACGUCAGGUUGGUGCAUUCCGAUUUGACCAAUAUGUACUGUUGUCAUUUAUGCCCUGAAGCUUUUAACUACAGGGAAGGGUACAAAAAGCAUAUGGUUGAAGUCCAUUGCAUAAGAAAUUGAGAUGUUUUAUGUUAGUGUUUUGUAAUUUUAUAUAUUUAAUAAAUUGGUUUUCAGAG